GGCUCUCCCACCCUCUCCCAUCUUUCUCCGCUUCCCUGUCACUGUUAUUCCGGGAGACAUUCACUUUUCAUCUACCUUUCUCCAAGCAUCACCAAGCCACUGGCUAUAUAUUUUGCUACAAGAGACCUAGAAGAGGAAAAAAGGCACGGGACUUGUCAACACGUCGUUUGGAAAAAAUAAACAAACCAAUUUCUAGAAAUGGUCAAAAACAAUUAAAAAGAAAAAGGCUUUUUUUUUGAUAGAUCAACUAAGUGAACAAUCAUUCAUAUAGUCCACAUCCUGAGCUAUUACCAUCCCUCUCUGUGGACACCAGAGAGAUGACAGCUGCUUUUUCAUUGUUGAAUGUAAUAAAUAUUUGCUGCUUUUAAUAUUUCCUGGAAUUCCCCCUUCCCCCGAUAUUCCUUGGAAUUUUAACUCUAAAAGAUUGGAGAAAAGAUUAUCGAAAAGGCUUUUACAAGCCUCCAAAAUGAUGCUGAGCCCAGACCAAGCCGCCGACUCCGACCACCCCAGUUCGGCGCACUCAGACCCGGAGUCGCUGGGCGGCGCGGACGCCAAGGUGCUGGGCAGCGUGUCGGACCUGGAACCAGUGGAGGAGGCCGAGGGAGACAGCAAGGGCGGCAGCCGGGCCGCGCUCUACCCGCACCCGCAGCAGCUGAGCCGCGAGGAGAAGCGCCGCCGCCGGCGGGCCACGGCCAAGUACCGCUCGGCCCACGCCACCCGAGAGCGCAUCCGCGUGGAGGCCUUCAACCUGGCCUUCGCCGAGCUCCGCAAACUCCUGCCCACGCUGCCCCCGGACAAGAAGCUCUCCAAGAUCGAGAUCUUGCGCCUGGCCAUCUGCUACAUCUCCUAUCUCAACCACGUCCUGGACGUGUAGGGCCCCGGGGCACCGCGGGAGGCAGCCCGGCGGGCGUCUGCGGAACGCGAACUCGACCAACUGGGGCGCCCGCCGCGGGGACCACGGAGGCGGUGGAGGCCCCGCGGGAAGGCCGCCGCGAGAAACUUGGACGCGGAAAGAAGCUCGCCAAAUGUUCUCUUUGGUCAGCAGGGCAAGGAGGGAAGGU